AUGAACGCAUUCCCCACUGGCACCCGAGUUUUCUACUGGUGUUCUACUGGCCCGAUUAUCUACGCUACGGUGCAAUCCUCUAGACGCUUGCCGGAUGGAACACAACUCUUGGUCAUCAAAGAUGACAAUGGCGAGACCGUUACUCUCCCCGCUGCUGGUGUCACCCUGGUGUCCUGA